CCUCAAUCCGCGGGAACCGAGUUAACUCGGUUCCGUAGUAAGCGUCGUAUUUGACGGGAACCGAGUUAACUCGUUUUCGAUAGUGAUGUAUUGUUUCGUCAAAGUUUUCGGGGUUUCCGUCAACGUCAUCAAGUAUUUAACAGUUAACCAAUGAAAAUAUGAAUAAAUGAUGCAAUGACCUAAAAAUAGUAACGAAACUCCGGAUAUUGCGCAAGAAAUUUGAAAACGAGAUUGAACAAAGAAAUUUGCAAACAAAGUUGUGAAAGAUGGCGGAUCUUGAAAAUUUAGCUGAUACGUACUUCGGGAAUUCGGAUUCCGAGGGCGAAUUUGAAGGCUUUGAGGAAGCAGACUUGGUUGCUAAUAAUGAACGAAGGUGUCCUGAGUUCGAAGCUGACAAUUUUGAGAACGAUAGGGACUAUCCGAGCGACCUACAAAUGAAUUGGUCUCGCGAAGUUAGGGAGCCACUCGUUCCGCCAUUCACUGGUGACAGUGGUUUCAAAGUUGAAGUAGAGCAGGAUGCGACUCCAUUAGACUAUUUCAAUCUGUUUCUGAACAACACGGACAUGAACAAUAUAGCAUUUGAAACAAAUCGCUAUUAUUCACAAGUACGAGCUCAGAAGGUCCCGUCCCGUUUUUCACGGAUGAACUCUUGGGUAGACGCCACUGGCAAUGAAAUGGCAAAAUUCUUGGGCAUGACUAUCUUAAUGGGGCUUGUGGACAAACACUCAAUAAGUUCAUAUUGGUCAACAGACAAGUAUGAGAGCACUCCAAUCUAUGGGACUGAAAUGACCAGGGAUCGUUUUAUGUCCCUCCUUUCGUUCCUUCACCUGGCUGACAAUUCCACUGCCCCCACUAGACAUGACGAUGGGUUCGAUCCUCUGUACAAGGUGAAACCCAUAUAUGACGUGGUUUCGGCUCGGUUUCGCAACACCUACACUCCAGACGAGAACAUCGCCAUUGAUGAGGGGAUGGUCCCGUGGAGAGGACGUUUGAAGUUCAAACAGUACAUACCCAACAAGCCAGACAAGUUUGGUAUGAAAGUCUACAUUGCUAGUGAAAGCAAGUCUGGCUAUGUGUGUGACUUCAACGUCUACACUGGUGCAGACUUCGAUCCUGACCCUAACGCAGAAGUAGGCGAAGUUCAGUUGGGCCAUUCCUAUGGCGUGGUGAUGGGACUGCUACGAAGAUCAAAUCUUCUGAACAAAGGCUAUUGCCUGUAUGUUGACAACUAUUACUCAUCUCCAACCCUGUUCGACAGAUUGUCUGCUGAGAACACGAUAGCUGUUGGAACUGUACGACUAAAUCGCCGUGAAGUGCCGGUUGCCCUGAAACAUAAAACAAAACGAGGCGAUGUUAUAUAUAGGCAACGUGACAAUCUCCUGGCUUUGAAAUGGACUGAUAAAAGGGAAGUUAGUAUGCUGUCUACAAAGCAUAAACACACAAUGGUGGUAACUACAAAGACUGACCAUUACAGUGGGGAUCCAGUUGUAAAACCACUGUGUAUUCUGGAUUACAACAGACACAUGGGUGGCGUGGAUCGCUCCGAUCAGCUCGGGAAGUAUUACAGUUUUUCAAGGAAAACCAACAAAUGGUGGCUGAAACUGUUCUUCCACAUCAUCAAUCUAGUGGUUACAAACGCGUACAUUUUGUAUCUGAAAAAUCGUGGCGAUGGAAGACCACUGACGCACUACAAGUUUCGGCUUGAGCUUGCGAAGCAGUUGAUGGCCAGCCAUGAGAUGGUGAAGGUUCCUCGUGGGCGUCCAUCAAUCCAUCGGGAUCAGGAGAAGCGCCUGACAGAACGUCAUUUCCCUUGCCUCAUUCCAGCCAAAGAAGGAGCAAAGGUGAAAAAUCCCACCAGGAAGUGUGUGGUAUGCAACGAAAGCAGUGGGAAGCGUCAUACUCCAGGAGAGACCAGAAAACGUCGUGAAACCAGAUACUGGUGCAAGGACUGCGAAAAACCUCUGUGUGUGGUACCUUGUUUUGAAAGGUAUCAUACUCUGGUCAACUACCAGUUGAAUGAAAUUGACAUUGAAGAUUGAAACAAUAUGUAAUCAUUCACACUGUUC